CCUGUGUGUCUUCCUUCUGAGCUUUAACCCAGAGCCCCCAACCCUGGCUUCUGCUCCCACAGCUUCCGUCCACUCUGCCCGCCCUCUGCCGGAGCCCAAGGGUCGACAUGUUAAAACAGGUCAGCUGGCGGCCAUCAAAGUUAUGGAUGUUACUGAGGAUGAAGAGGAAGAAAUCAAACUGGAGAUAAAUAUGCUGAAGAAAUAUUCUCAUCACAGAAAUAUCGCCACAUAUUACGGUGCUUUCAUUAAAAAGAGCCCCCCUGGACAUGACGACCAGCUCUGGCUGGUGAUGGAGUUCUGUGGGGCGGGGUCCAUCACGGACCUGGUGAAGAAUACCAAGGGGAACACGCUCAAGGAGGACUGGAUAGCGUACAUCUCCAGAGAGAUCCUGAGGGGCCUGGCGCAUCUUCACAUCCAUCAUGUGAUUCACCGGGACAUCAAGGGCCAGAACGUGCUGCUGACGGAGAACGCAGAGGUGAAGCUCGUCGAUUUCGGAGUGAGUGCUCAGUUGGACAGGACUGUGGGGAGGAGAAAUACCUUCAUAGGCACCCCCUACUGGAUGGCGCCUGAGGUCAUCGCCUGCGACGAGAACCCGGAUGCCACCUAUGACUACAGAAGUGACCUUUGGUCCUGUGGCAUCACCGCCAUCGAGAUGGCAGAAGGUGCUCCCCCUCUCUGUGACAUGCAUCCAAUGAGAGCACUGUUUCUCAUUCCCAGAAACCCUCCUCCCCGGCUGAAGUCAAAAAAAUGGUCAAAGAAAUUUUUUAGUUUUAUAGAAGGGUGCCUGGUGAAGAACUACAUGCAGCGGCCCUCCACAGAGCAGCUCUUGAAACAUCCUUUCAUAAGGGACCAGCCAAAUGAGAGGCAAGUUAGAAUCCAGCUGAAGGACCACAUAGACCGGACCAGGAAGAAGAGAGGAGAGAAAGAUGAAACGGAAUACGAGUACAGCGGCAGUGAGGAGGAAGAGGAGGAGGUGCCCGAGCAGGAAGGAGAGCCGAGCUCCAUUGUGAACGUGCCUGGGGAGUCCACUCUGCGUCGCGAUUUCCUGCGGCUGCAGCAGGAGAACAAGGAGCGCUCUGAGGCUCUUCGGAGACAACAGCUGCUUCAGGAGCAGCAGCUGCGGGAGCAGGAGGAGUAUAAAAGGCAGCUGCUGGCCGAGAGGCAGAAACGGAUUGAGCAGCAGAAGGAACAGCGGCGGCGGCUGGAAGAGCAACAAAGGAGAGAGCGUGAGGCUAGAAGGCAGCAAGAACGUGAGCAGCGAAGGAGAGAACAAGAAGAGAAGAGGCGGCUAGAGGAACUGGAGAGAAGGCGGAAAGAGGAUGAGGAGCGGCGGCGGGCCGAGGAAGAGAAGAGGAGAGUCGAGAGAGAGCAGGAGUAUAUCAGGCGGCAGCUCGAAGAGGAGCAGCGGCACCUGGAAAUGCUUCAGCAGCAGCUGCUCCAGGAGCAGGCCCUGUUACUGGAGUGCCGCUGGCGGGAGCUGGAGCAGCACCGGCAGGCAGAGAGGCUCCAGAGGCAGUUGCAACAAGAACAAGCAUAUCUCCUGUCUCUACAGCACGACCACCGGAGGCCGCACCCACAGCCGCCGCCGCAGGAAAGGAGCAAGCCCAGCUACCACGCCCCGGAGCCCAGGCCCCACUACGAGCCGGCCGACAGAGCGCGAGAGGUGGAAGAUAGAUUUAGGAAAACUAACCACAGCUCCCCUGAAGCCCAGGCUAAGCAGACAGGCAGAGUGCUGGAGCCGCCAGUGCCUUGCAGAUCAGAGUCCUUUUCCAGUGGCAGCGCCGAGCCUGUGCACCCCGCCCUGCAGACACCAGCUGAGCCCCAGGUACAGUGGUCCCACCUGGCAUCUCUCAAGAACAAUGUUUCCCCUGUCUCGCGAUCCCAUUCCUUCAGUGACCCUUCUCCUCCCAAAUUUGCACACCACCAUCUUCGCUCUCAGGACCCAUGUCCACCUUCCCGCAGUGAGGCGCUCAGUCAGAGUUCUGACUCUAAGUCGGAGGCGCCUGACCCCACCCAAAAGGCUUGGUCUAGAUCAGACAGUGACGAGGUGCCUCCAAGGGUUCCUGUGAGAACAACGUCUCGGUCCCCUGUGCUGUCCCGUCGGGACUCCCCGCUGCAGGGCAGUGGGCAGCAGAAUAGCCAGGCUGGGCAAAGAAACUCCACCAGUAGCAUCGAGCCCCGGCUGCUGUGGGAGAGAGUGGAGAAGCUGGCACCCAGGCCCGGCAGCGGAAGCUCUUCGGGAUCCAGCAACUCGGGAUCCCAGCCCGGCUCGCACCCUGGCUCUCAGAGCGGCUCUGGGGAGCGCUUCCGAGUGAGAUCAUCAUCCAAAUCUGAAGGCUCUCCGUCUCAGCGCCUUGAAAAUGCAGCGAAAAAACCUGAAGACAAAAGAGAAGUGUUCAGACCUCUGAAACCUGCGAGUGAAGUGGACUUGACUGCACUGGCCAAAGAGCUGCGAGCAGUGGAGGACGUGCGGCCACCGCACAAGGUGACAGACUACUCCUCGUCCAGUGAGGAGUCGGGGACGACGGACGAGGAAGACGAUGAUGCAGAGCAAGAAGGGCCCGGGGAACCCAUGUCCGGACCGGAGGACACCAGAGCAGCUAGGUCGUCUCUGAAUUUGAGCAAUGGGGAAACAGAAUCCGUGAGAACCAUGAUUGUCCAUGACGAUGUGGAGAGUGAGCCAGCCAUGACCCCGUCCAAGGAGGGCACGCUGAUUGUCCGCCAGAGUACAGUUGACCAAAAGCGAGCCAGCCAUCAUGAGAGCAAUGGCUUUGCCGGGCGCAUUCACCUCUUGCCAGAUCUCUUACAGCAAAGCCAUUCCUCCUCCACUUCCUCCACCUCCUCCUCCCCAUCUUCCAGCCAGCCGACACCCACCAUGUCCCCACAGACACCCCAGGACAAGCUCACUGCUAAUGAGACUCAAUCCGCUAGUAGCACACUCCAGAAACACAAAUCCUCCUCCUCCUUUACACCUUUUAUAGACCCCCGAUUACUGCAGAUCUCUCCAUCUAGUGGGACAACAGUGACUUCUGUGGUGGGAUUUUCCUGUGAUGGAAUGAGACCGGAAGCCAUAAGGCAAGAUCCUACCCGGAAGGGCUCAGUGGUCAAUGUGAAUCCCACCAACACUAGGCCACAGAGCGACACCCCAGAGAUCCGCAAAUACAAGAAGAGGUUUAACUCUGAGAUCCUGUGUGCUGCCUUGUGGGGAGUGAAUUUGUUAGUGGGAACAGAAAGUGGCCUGAUGCUGCUGGACAGAAGUGGCCAAGGGAAGGUAUACCCUCUGAUCAACCGAAGACGAUUUCAGCAGAUGGAUGUCCUCGAAGGCUUGAAUGUUUUGGUGACAAUAUCUGGCAAAAAGGAUAAGUUGCGUGUCUACUAUUUGUCCUGGUUAAGGAAUAAAAUCCUUCACAAUGACCCAGAAGUGGAGAAGAAGCAGGGGUGGACCACCGUGGGCGACUUGGAAGGCUGUGUGCACUAUAAAGUGGUAAAAUAUGAAAGAAUCAAAUUUCUCGUAAUUGCUUUGAAGAGUUCGGUGGAAGUAUAUGCAUGGGCACCCAAGCCGUACCACAAGUUUAUGGCCUUUAAGUCGUUUGCGGACCUGGCGCACCGGCCGCUGCUGGUGGACCUCACGGUGGAGGAGGGCCAGAGGCUGAAGGUGAUCUACGGGUCGUGCGCCGGCUUCCACGCCGUGGACGUGGAUUCGGGAUCCGUCUAUGACAUUUACCUGCCGACACACAUCCAGUGCAGCAUCAAGCCCCACGCCAUCAUCAUCCUGCCCAACACGGACGGCAUGGAGCUGCUGGUGUGCUACGAGGACGAGGGCGUCUACGUCAACACGUACGGCCGCAUCACCAAGGACGUGGUGCUGCAGUGGGGCGAGAUGCCCACCUCCGUCGCUUAUAUCCGAUCCAAUCAGACGAUGGGCUGGGGCGAGAAGGCCAUAGAGAUCCGGUCUGUGGAGACGGGCCACCUGGAUGGCGUGUUCAUGCACAAAAGGGCUCAGAGACUGAAAUUCCUGUGUGAGCGCAACGACAAGGUGUUCUUUGCUUCUGUGCGGUCGGGCGGCAGCAGCCAGGUGUACUUCAUGACGCUGGGCAGGACCUCCCUUCUGAGCUGGUAGAGCCGUGGCCCGACCGCUGCCGUCUUCAGACCCGAGGGCUCGGAAGCUCGGCCGGAGCGCCGCGUGCCCGGCAGCAGGACCGUGCGCAGACCCCACGGCUCUCCUCCUCCUUCCUGCUCUCCCUACCAGUUUGUCCCCAAUCUUUUUUAAAUUUUUUUUCUUUAAAAAAUAAAUCAGGCUGCAAUGCAGCUGGUGCUGUUCAGACUCUACCAUCAGGUGCUAUAGUGUUUGGGGUCGAGCAUCAGACCGGCAAGCAAACACCUUUCCUCCGGCCAGAAUCCCUUGGAGUGACUGCGGGUCUGCGGGCGGCGGCGCCAGGCGGGCAGGGGGGCCAGUGGGGUCUCAAUGAGCAGUUGCAGCAGCGAGAGCAGAUUUGCUAGAGUAACAUUAACAAUGUAUUUAAUUGACCUUUCUUUUUGUAAUGUGACAAUAUGUGGACGAAGAAGGGCAGGUUUAAGAAGUUAAUAUUUAUAAAAUGUGAAAGACAGUUACUAGAUAACUUUUUUGGGUGGGUCUGGGAGGCGGGUAGGGGGUGAAGGGGUCCCAUUUUGUUUCUUUGCAUAUUUUGUUUGUUUCACCGAGAGCUCAGUCAUUUUUCUGUGCGCCAGGUUUUGCCUAAAUCAUGUGCAGAUGGUUCUUAAAAAGAAAAAGGAAAUGUGUGCGUCCGUGUCGUGGCCAGAACUUCGCUGUGUGACAGUAUCAGCACUGCCUCCGCUCGAGGGCUAAUUUCUGUUUAAACCUAGACGUGCGACAGGUUUUACCACAGCCUGCACUUGCAGAGGAAAAAAAAUGUUUUCAACCACAUGUUUAUUUUUUUUUCCUACCUCAUUGUUUUUAAUGCAUUAAGAGGUGGUUUAGUUUCUGUGUUUUUGGAGGAAAACAUGAAUGCUUAAUUUAAUCUUAAUACCAAAACUAUCAGGGUGAAGUCUGACUGUAUGUGGGCACAGGUGUCAGCGGCGCCGCGGCUGUCCCGUGCAGGCGGGCGGGUAGCAGACAGGCGUCGUCUGAGACAGGCACACCGACUGUCCGGUGCUGCAGGAGCCUCCGGGUGGGGGUUAGCCUUUCUGAAACGCAAUGUGCUGACACUGGUUCAAGAACGUAGUAAUCCUGCUUGUGCAUGAGACGUAUUGUCCUGGGUUCCGGGCGUAAUGGCAGAGUCCUGGCUUCUCCUGUUCUCUCAUUCUGUUGUUCUCUGUCUUUUAAACCAACUUUACUUCAUGAACAUGUUCAUGGCAUUUGUGAUAAUGUCUUGGGUAAUCUUUUGUUCCUGGCUCCCUGUCACUGUUCCUCUGAGGAUGUCAUCGGAGAAGAGCCACGCUCGGCCGUGGUCCUGCCCCCGUGGUGCCACCUGGGGCCGCCGGCACCGCAGGCAUUUCACAGGCUUCGGAGCUAACCCACCGACACUCUCGGGUUUGAGUUGAACAGAAUUGAAUUCGUUGCUGGGCUUCAGGUACCGAACUCAGCUGGCCACUUGUCCCUGCAGGUGGGUUGGUGUGUGCCCUCCGGGGCCGUGUGUCACCGCCUGGGCCUUGUCAGCCAGACUGUUGCUACAGCUUGAAGCAGGUGCCCAAUUGGGUUUCUCCAUAAAAGAUUGUGAGCUGUUAAAAUUGCAUUCUUCUAGAGAAGGGAUGAUUUUGUUCCUUUAAAGGGUAAUUCACAGAAGUGCCAAGGUGGCAAAAUGACAAAAGAAAGCAGUAUUAUGAUGCUCCCGUGAAGUGCGGGACCGGAGGGUGGUGCCAGCCUUCACCAGCGCCGCCGGCGGUCAGCCUGCGAGGUCAGCGUCCGUGUGCGGCAGUGUUCCCUUCGUUCUCGGGCACGUGUUGUGUUGGAGAGAAUGUUUACAAAAAGGGGUUUGCUACACUAACGUGCAUCACAUAUUUAUGGAUUAUUUUUAAUUGACUUUUUUAAUGGGUUAUUUAGGUUUCCGUCCUAGUUGUAGUUCACUUUUGGUGAUUCAUAAUCCCUAAUUUUGCCAGUUAUCAGUGUGCUAAACGGUAACUCGCCUGACCGACCACAGUGGAUUCGCCAGCCGCACAGCUGCACGGUGGGGCCAGGCGCAGCCUUCUCUUCCGUGCUAACUUCUGUGAAUUAUGAAAAUUACUGUUGUUCCCCCCAUUUUUUCUAUUAAAUAAAGUAAAAAUGACACCUA